AUGCCCUCUCAAGAAAUAGGAAUUCCUAUCCCAAACGUACCGCAUGCAGUUUCUGUAACUUUGCCCACUUGGGAAGCCACAGUGGGGUAUGAAGAAGGACAGGAAUGGGUCACCAGUAAGAUGAACUCUGGGUACCCAAGAUUUUUUAUUCACCAGAUCAUUCAAAAAUUAUGCCGCAAACUCGAAGCAAAGUAUGGACGUGAGGGUGAAGCGUGUCUAGUAUUUCCAAGCUACAAGGUUGCAAAAAGGUGUCGUCAGUUCAUCAAAGAGAAAUCGGAGAAUAGCCCACAUGUCAGGGUUUUACAAUUGAGUACAAGCGAGCCCGCCAAUGAUUAUGAGCGGUUAACCAAAGUCGGAACAACCAUUGGAGUGGUGUUUUUCCCCAAAGAUUUAUUUCCGUUGGCAAAGAAUUAUUGGCAACACUCAGGUGAAGUUAUCAGCUCGCGAAUGGGAGAGUACGUUUUGAAGGAAUUAUUUGAGAAUGAUAAGGAUCUUCACGGUUUGAAGGGAAACUGGAAACAAGCAUUACAAGCACAAAAGAUUCAAUCGAGAUCGCCAUCAAUUUCGGCAUCUCGAGCUAGCGGUCGCAGCUCCGAUAGUCAGGUGAACGAGGAGGUGGAGAAAGAGUUCAAUACUUUUAUCGAACAAAAGUAUGGGCGGGUAUUGGACUUUAAGUUCGCAAAAGAAGCCAAAAGGGCAUUAAAGAGGCGUAUUUGUGGGAAAGUUGACAAGGAAAAUGACCAUGAUUUAGAGGACAUCGAGCACCUGAGAAGAGGAAAGCAGUUGACUCCAUCUGAUGUGUACUUGUGUCCGUCAGGAAUGGCAUCCAUAUUCUUUGCACACUACUCAUUGUUGAAUAUAUCUGAAGAGCAGCAAAUUUCGGUAUGUUUUGGAUUCCCAUACACUGAUACGUUGAGUAUUUUGAAGAAAUUUGGUCCAGGAGUUAAAUUUUUGGGAAUGGGUGACGACGAGUCUUUGAACGAGUUGGAAAAAGAGUUAGAAGAAGGGUUGGAAAUUAUGGCAUUGUUUUGUGAAUGCCCUUCCAAUCCUUUAUUGAAAACACCAAACUUGAAAAAGAUUAAGGAGUUGGGGGAUAAAUUUGGUUUUGCCAUUGUUGUGGAUGAAACUGUGGGUAACUUUAUAAAUAUUCAUGUUUUGCCAUAUGCUGAUAUGGUUGCAUCGUCAUUGACUAAGGUGUUCUCGGGAGAUUCGAAUGUACUCGCCGGCUCUCUCAUUUUGAAUCCAUCGUCAAGGUACUAUCUGAGGUUGAAACAAUUCUUUGAUAAGGAAUAUGAGGAUUUAUUUUGGGAUGAAGAUGCAUUGUGGUUGGAGCGUAACUCUAGAGAUUUUGUUGAUCGUGUUCGCAUCAUUGAUGCCACUACGGAAAAAGUUGUUGAUUUACUUGUCAACAAUUCAAAGAUAUCUCGGGUUUACUAUCCAAGUAUUGGUCCUUCAAAACAGUACUAUGACGAAAUCAAGAACGAGAAUGGUGGCUAUGGAGGGUUGGUUUCGUUUCUAUUUCAUAAACCUGAUGAUGCUGUCUCUUUUUUCAACAGGGUUGAUCUUUAUAAGGGGCCCUCUUUGGGUACUAAUUUCACAUUGGCUUGUCCUUAUGCAAUCCUUGCCCAUUAUCACGAGUUGGAUGAGAUAGCUCAGUGGGGUGUCGAUAAAAAUUUGAUUAGAGUUAGUAUCGGAUUGGAAGAUGCAGAUGAGUUGUUGGAAGUGUUUAGAAAGGCCCUAGAGUGA